AUGGGUUUGCAGAAAGUUAAGAAAGAGUUUGAGCGGAGCGUUUAUUUCACUGAACGAAGUACCAGAAGGUCGACAAAUGCCGCUGUGAAGGCACAAACAGAUACCCCGUCUCUGGGAAAAAUAAAGCAAGAAGAGCACGAAGACUCACGGAUUUCUACUCAACGUGUUGCAAGGCCCUCUAAACGUCGACGCAUUCAAGUAAAGAUUGAGCCUGAACUUGAACGUGCGUCAGUUAGUGGGUCCUCUGUUCAGCCUUCUCUUCAACCACCACCUCACUUUUGGCCGAUGUACAAUGAAAUCAAAAUUAUGAGAGCAAAAAUCAAAGCACCUGUCGAUUCGAUGGGUUGCAGUAAUAUAGCAUCUACAAUUUCAGGCCUCACCGAAGGAAAAGUGUACAGAUUCCAAUGUUUAAUAUCCUUGAUGCUUUCCUCUCAAACCAAAGACGAAAUCAACUGCCUGGUGAUGGAUGGAUUACAUCAAUACUUUUUGUCUAAGGGAUACAAAGACGGCUUAUCGUUGGAGGCAAUACUAGACGUCGAUGAAUCCGUACUCGAUGAAUUAAUUUACAAAGUGGGGUUCCAUAGAAAGAAGGCAACAUAUAUCAAGCGCACCGCAGAAAUUUUGCAGAAUCAACAUGGUGGAGACAUUCCCCAAACGAUCGAAGAAAUAAUAUCGUUCCCCGGAGUUGGUCCUAAAAUGGGAUUUUUAUUGUUACAAAUAGCUUGGAACAUAUGUACGGGCAUUGGAGUAGAUACUCACAUGCAAAGAAUGGCGAGAAUUUACAAAUGGAUCCCAGCUUCUAAGAACAUGACUCCCGAAUAUGUCAGAAAAUGUUUGGAAAGCAUGCUCACAGACUACAAAGAAGAGUGGUCCAAAAUAAAUCCAAUUCUAGUCGGGUUUGGACAGAUGGUCUGUCUUCCUCAGCGACCUCGAUGUGACGUUUGUUCACUUGCAAGAAAAGGCAUUUGUCCAGCAGUGGACAAAGCGUUUUUGAAAAAAGCCGACGCGGACAAGUUGAAUGGAAUUGCUAUCAACUCUAAAAUCGGUAUGAUGCCAUUUGCAUUAGAUGAUCUGCUCAGAAUCCCACGGAAAUCUAAUGGUGUAACAAAAUUGCCUGAAUUUCCUAACAAAAUAGUGACAUCAAACUGUUUCCCCGGAGAAUUUUCCAUUUGGGAGCCAGUCUGGUCGAGGUUUUUGCUAUCUGUUAGUAAGAAGACAUCUAAAUCCAUAUUCCAAAUUGAAACGUCUUGCAUGUUAGGAUUUCUGGCCAGAACAUCAAGCUCAAAAAUUAGAAGUUCAUGGCUAACAACAAUAUUGUCGAUUGUGUUGACCUUGAAAUCUGUAAGGUGA